UCAGCAAACCUCAAGAUUAACAUGGAGGGGAAUCAAGCACCUGCGUGCUCAGUUAUAACGCCAGUCAUGAGUGAGGAAAUAUACCUGCAAAGUACCAAUCCUGUAGUUGUUUUACGCAGAAUCCUCGUAUGCGGUUACAUCAGUUCGGCACAGUUCAGUUUACUUAGCUCGUGGACCCUCCCAGUGAUAAUGCUAGUUCAUGGCACUGUAGUUGGCGCCGCAUAUGUGGGUUGUGCACUUACUUUCAAUUUAGAUCCUCCGCCACAGAAUGGUGAAAAUCUUUGGGUGACAAAUAAUGUGAGUGCUAUCGUAUUUACAGCGGCAGCUGCAGUCUAUGCAUUGUGCCUAGUUUCGAUAACAAGCUACUUAUUGUGGAAACAUAGGUCAUAUCCCCUUGUCAAGGCCAAGGGCCUCGACUUUGUGGUAGGCAUGUCGGCAUCUACAACCUUGAGUGUGCUGUUUGCGUUCUCAGCCAUGACAACCAUAUAUAUACCUAAGUUGGCUCUGCUCCGUCACGCUUGGUUAACAUACCUGUUUUAUUCGCUGGGCGCAUUCUUCUAUACAUCCAUCAUUGCACUGGUGGUAGCAAAGCAGAGAACCUUAUACAGGAUCUUCCAGACUAAAUGGAGAUUCAAAGCUUGCAAGUCCAAUUGGAACUCCAACAGGAGAUUCAUUUCGGAUGGUAUUUAUUGGCUUCUUAUGAUGCUUGCUGUCAUAACGGUGGUGAUUGAGAUACUUUUGAGCCAUGUUCACUUUGUUCAUUUUGAGAUAGAGCUCUUUCUCCCCAUGUUCCCCGUGUUCGUAGCUCUGAUAUUCCUGUGUAUUUAUUCCGUCAAGACGAGAGUAGUGCACGAAGCUUUUAACGACGGUAGCAGAAAUAUCUGGGUUGCUAUGACCUUGAGCACGCUGAUAGUAUUUCUGUGCUUUGGUCUUCUGUAUAUUCACCUGAAUCGUUUCAAGAUGGGUGUUAAUGCAUGGCAUUUGACGUACGUAUACUUCGGGUGCGUCUUCAUGUAUUCAAUAGCUUACGGCGAGCAUUUCACUUUAAUAGUUUUUCUGGCGGCGAGAGGCAUAACCUUGCGUACCGAGUUGUCUCCGACAAACACUGCAGCUUUCGUCACAAACUGUCUUGACACCCAUGUGUCCCGUGGGGGAAGCCUGGUCAUAUUAUCCCGGAGUUCAUUCAUGAGUACAAAAAGCCUUGUCUUACAAUGUAAGAAAAAGGAACAACCGAUACUGCUGGAAUGUGAAGAGUCUGUCUCGAACAGCGACGAAAGUGGACAGAAUUCUGAGAAUGACCGGAGACAAGCAGUUGCUAGUAGACACCGUCCUAUCAACCCAAGCGAUGGGUCUAACAACGCGAGCAAAGACACAGUAUGAGCCAUUCGAUAGUACACGCAUCCUUUCUUUGUAACAUAAACCAAGGAACAGCCGUCAUGGCACUGCCGGCAUGUGCAGAGUCUGUCGUGAGCAGCGACGAAAUUUGAGAAAUGAUUCGAGUUCGACCAGACUUCGGGAAAACGCAGAAAGCAGUUGCUAGUAGACACCGGGCUAUCAGCGCAAGCGACGAUGCGGUAUCAGCCACUCAUUGGUACACGCAGCCUGCCUUUGGAACUCAAGCAAAAAGAACAGCCCACCAUGGCAUUGCAGCAUGCGCAGAGUCUGUCGCAGUCAGCGACUAAGGCGAGCGGAAAUCUGGUAAUGAUUCGAGCUCAACAAACUUUCGUUUUAAAAUUCAGCAAGCAAUUUGUUGUAGACACCAGCCUAUCAACACAAGCCAUGAUACAAGAUCAGCCUGAAAAUAUCGGACAGAAGCGAGUGUGAAAUAUAUAGCGAUUCGCACCCGCCUCGCCGGACAGAGCAGCAAGUACGUCAAUACUGGUGCACAUAUUCAAAUAUGAAAAGAUAAUAUCUCCAUCGAUAGCAGAACGUCACCAAAACCAAGGUGCGGCGCAAGGGGAUUCCCGAAGAAGACAGCCUCAAGUUACGACAGCCUCAAGUUACAUGUUCCAUAUUUUCUCCGAGAACAGAGUGUGUCCGUUAUAGGGUACAUAGACGAGGGUACUAUGUUGAGUUGGAUACUGCGCCCAGGCAAAACUCAAUACAAUGGAAAGAGUUGUGGAUCGUCUGAACUCCGAAGUUGAUAUUGAAAGUGUGAGAUAAAUAAAAUUUGCAUUGGAACAGGAAGAAC